CUUCUACAUUAGCGCAAUUACACGAAUCAAAACUUUUUAUAACACUGUAUUUAUUUAGUCGAGUCAAGUAAAUUGCACAAAUUUUUCAGUUUCUUUUUGUUUCACACAUCUUCUAGAAUUCCUCCACAUCAUUCCAUAUGCAUAACGAUUAUCCAUAUGAAUAUGAAAUAUGUGCAGAUAUGGAUCAAAUUGGUGAAUCGACCGAGCAUCGGAACCUUGAGGGUUUCAAUAUUCUGUUUUAUGUCACCGAAGCUAUCGGUGGAUUAUUGAUAUUGUUAGUUAUAAUCUGGACUGCCCACUUUAAAGGAGGUUUCGCAUGGACAUCCGAUCCAGAUUUAGAAUUCAACUGGCAUCCGCUUUUAAUGACCGUUGGCCUUGUGUUCCUUUACGCUAAUGGAAUGCUAAUAUACAGAUCUCAAAGAACGGUGCGUAAAAGGCGCCUAAAGCUUAUUCAUGGUGGUAUAAUGAUUUUCACGGUACUAUUAACCGUUAUUGCUCUAGUUGCGGUUUUUGAUAGUCAUAAUUUAAAAACUCCACCUAUCCCUAAUAUGUACUCGUUACAUAGUUGGGUCGGAUUAACAACCAUUAUUUUAUUUUGUUGCCAGUGGCUUGCAGGUUUGGUAUCCUUCUUAUAUCCAAUGAUACAGCCAUCGUUGCGCGCUGCGUACUUACCAGUUCACGUUUAUUUUGGUACGGCUGCUUUUAUCGGUACAAUUGCUUCUUGCUUAAUGGGACUUACGGAAAAAGCAUUUUUCUCCAUUAGAAAUCCAUCUUACGAUAAAUUUCCUGCAGAAGGUGUUCUCGUAAAUACAAUUGGUCUUACCUUAAUUAUUUUUGGUGGUCUAACCGUCUACUUAGUUUCUCAAGCCAGAUAUAAAAGAUUUCCUCAACCUGAAGAUGAUGUACUAUUAACCGGCAGAAGUAAAUAAAUUAUAUGUACCAUAUAAUCCAUUGAAAUAUGCGAAAAAUCACUAAAUUGAUCAUGAUACACGAUUACACGUAUUAUUUAUUCAUUUAUGGUGCUACUACUAGCUCAGAAAGCCGUAAAUUAUUUAUAAAUUCGCUUAAAUAUUU